AUGAUCCUACACCAUACGCCCACGCCCAUCCAGCCCAAGCUAGCAAGGGUGGUGUUCCCCAAGCUGUACCAACCAACGCCUAAGCCUUUUGCACCCACCUGUGCCACACUCACCAUCCAGGGCGAGCUGGGCUCCCUCCCACCACAGCCCAAGGCACUGCAGAACCUGACCUCCAUGGCAGCUGGCAAGGCUGGACAGAACGUGGUGUUGUCAGGCUUCCCUGCGCCCACCCGGCAGGCCAGCGUCUUCAGGUAGCCACCAGCCACUGCAACUGGGGUGGUGCAACUGAAGCCAUCAGGUGUCUUGAACAAACCCAUGAGUGUGCACCUGCUGAACCAGGGCAGCAGUAUCGUCAUCCCUGCCCACCACAAGCUGCCCGGCCAGAACCAGUUCCUACUGCCUGGCGUCCCCACCUUCCAGCUCCUGCAACCACUCUCCUCCUUGCCAGCCAAUGUGGGUGGCCAGAUCCUGGCUGCUGCAUCCCCUCACACACACGUACAGCUCAUCGCCAACCCCAUCCACAACCAAAACUUGGCAACCCCUAUGAGCCUGGGCCCUGUGCUGGCCCCGCCCUCGGGUGCACACAGCACUGCCACACACAUCCUCUCGGCUGCACCUAUCUGGGUGGGCCAGCCCACGUUCUUCCAGAUGCCCAUGUCACUGGCUGCGGGCAGCCUGCCCACACAGAGCCAGCCUGCAGACGUGGUCCACACCACCACCACCACAGUCCUGCAGGGCGUCACCCUGCCUCCCAGUGCCAUGGCCAUGCUCAACGCCCCUGGGCUGGUACAGCCAGCAGCUCUUCCCGCUGCUGCGGCGGCUGCCUCCUCUACCACUACCACCCGGGAGGCCACCCCCGUGCUCACCAUGCAGCCCACCCCACCAGCACCCCCUGCAGCCAGCACGCUGCUGCCCCUGGACCUCCAUCAGGCGCAGCUGAAGAAGGCCCCUGCACUGCAACCCAGCAAGGAGGCCUGUCUCCUGGAGCAUUUGCACAAAUACCAAGGGUCUGUGCUGCACCCCGACUGCAAGACCACCUUCCCCUACCUGCAGGAUGCCCUGCAGGGCCUGCUGCCCUACCACGUGUACCAGGGCGCCCUCCCCUCCCCCAGCGACUACAAGGUGGACAAGGAAUUUGAGACGGACAGCCCCACGCCUUCCCACAACAACCCUCCAAUUAAGACCUACGAGGUGCGAAGCCACAUCAGUCUCAAGCUCAAGAUCAAACAGGAGACCAGGCUCAGCAAGGUGGUGCACAACAAGGCGCUGGACCCUGGGCACCAGCCGUCCCCUGCGCCCCAGAAUGCCCCUGCAGCGUCACCCUCGCCACCAUCAACCCCGGCCACCCAGAUGAACGGCAUCGGCCGCGGGCCUACGCCACCCUGGCUGCGCCUGCUGCUCUGCAAGAGCUACCCAGAGCAUGUGGCCACCAGUGCCACGCCCCUGCCCGCCAAGGUGGACGAGGCCACAAGUGGCGGCCGUGGAGGACGAACUCUGGGAGGCCCUCACAAUGCCACCCGCCAAGUGGCGCAAGGACAGUCCACAGACAUGGACCAGGCCAGCUUCUCAAGCCACAGUCCACAGAACAACACUCUCAUGGAGCACUUGCAAAGUGCCAUCGACAGCAUCCUGAACCUGCAGCAG